GUCGUUGUGUUCAGUUGUGAUUGGAAGUGGAGUUAGGUGAAGUGUCCUCACAGCAAUGGAAACAUAAGGACUCAUAUUUAACAUUUUAACCUUCUGAAUGAUAUCGUAAGCCCGUAAUUUGGUACAUAUAUUUGGACACACCAGGAAGUUAGAGCACAGGCUGUGUGUCAAAAAGCAAAAGAAAGGAGAAAGCCAGCUAGCUUCUGAGCUAGCCCCUGCAGGUGGUCUGUCUGUCAGUGGGUGUAGGGUAGGUAACCUGAUGGAAAAUGGAUUUCCUCUGUGAAAUAGUUCAAGCCCUCGUCGCACUGGCAGCUGUAGUUUUCGUCGUGUUGCUCGUAAUAGCACACUUAACCGCAGGGAUGGUGGACCUGACACGCCAUGAGAAGGAGAAAUACUUUCUCACCGCCACCGGAGAGAAGCGGCUCUUCCCCAGUCUGCAUGAUCCCCAUUCCAGGGAGCUCUCUGUGGUGGUCCCGGCCUACAACGAGGAGCUCCGAUUACCAGUGAUGAUGGAUGAAGCUAUGGAAUACUUGGAAAACAGGCAGAAACAAAACCCCUCUUUUACCUAUGAGGUCAUCGUGGUGGAUGAUGGCAGCAAAGACAAAACCACAGAGGUUGCUUUGCGGUACACUACGAAGUACAGUGCUGAUAAAGUGCGCGUCCUGACGCUGGUGAAAAACAGAGGGAAAGGAGGAGCUGUGCGGAUGGGAACUCUGAGCUCCAGAGGGAAAGUCAUUCUGAUGGCAGAUGCUGAUGGAGCCACAAAGUUUUCUGACAUUGAGAAAGUGGAGGCUGGACUCAAUGACCUCAACCCCAAGCCGGAGAACAUGGCAAUUUCAUGUGGAUCCAGAGCUCACCUAGAGAAAGACUCUGUAGCUCAGCGGUCUUUGUUUCGUACGUUCCUUAUGUAUGGCUUCCACUUCCUGGUGUGGUUCUUUUGCGUGAAGGGAAUCAAGGACACUCAGUGUGGCUUCAAGCUUUUCACACGUGAGGCUGCACUCAAGACCUUCUCCUCUCUCCAUGUAGAGCGAUGGGCUUUUGAUGUGGAGCUCCUGUAUAUUGCCCAGUGUUUUAAAAUCCCCAUAGCUGAGGUGGCAGUCAACUGGACUGAAAUAGAAGGGUCCAAGCUGGUACCAUUUUGGAGCUGGCUGCAGAUGGGACGAGACCUGGUUUUCAUUCGCCUGCGCUACAUCACCGGAGCCUGGAAACUGCAGUCAUCGCAUAAGACUGAUUAGCCAAUCAGACGAGCCCUUGUAUCAUAGAGACGGCCUAUGAUACGGCCACCGAGCCUUUGGGUGGUUUGGGGGGGGGAGCGUUACAGCUGUGUCCAUCAUUCACUGUAAUCAGAAGCAAAGCACGUGUAUCAAUACUUCUCCUUUCCAGGCAUCACUGGAUGUGAAGUAAUGACACAGUUGUGGUUUCCUCAUGGAUCCUGCCUUUAUUUUUACUUGAUUACUGUUUGUUAUGGCUUAUGUUUAAAAAAAAAAAAAUUCUGUUGCCAUGGGUUACAGAACAUCUCUGUGGCUCGUCCUUGAGCUAAGUUACAUCAUGUUGUGCCCAGUCAGCCGCGAGAAGGACUUUUAGUGGUGUUAUGUGGAGGACCUGCUGAUGUGAGGGAAAAUUUUAUUUUGUAGGGUUGAUGGGCUUAAUGACAUGAAGAAGAAUAAUAAAAAAGUCAGUGAUUUAUGACUCGAUAAUUGUUAGUAACUAAAGCUGCAACAAUAGGUUGAGCUACAGAAAUGUAACUGACAACUGUUGUUAAUUCAAAAAAAUAUGAGCAUUUGAUUGAUUUUGAGUUGUCAGAAUUUGCUGAUUUUCUUUGUUUCUUGUUUUUUUUUCCCCAAUUUGCACUGCUGUCAAAUAGAAUCAAUGAAUGACUGAUGGUAUGAAAACAACAACAUGCUUUACAGUAUGUAAUCAGAUUGGUGAAUGGGAAAAACAUCCAUUAAUCCAAUCCUUUAACUGCUUUUCUCACCUUAGUUGCAGUUGGGCUGAAGCCUAUUCCAGCUGAUACCGAGUGACAGGCAGGAUUUAUCCUGAGCAGAAAGAGAAAAAAAUUGAUAGAAAUGUGCAGUAAACAAACUCAUUUUACAUGGUCAGCCACAUACAGCCCACUUUGAUCUUUGGCCGUAGCAACGAAACUGCCCUUUCUGUCAGUGUAAAGAUGUUUAACUACACAGUUAAUCCCAUCGAAUAUAAAAAGAAGUCCAAUUGCAAUGGUCCAGCUCUUUAUCAGCAGGAAAUGCUAUGAAACCUAUGAAUUCAAAUCCAAAAUCAAUGCCCUCCUUCACAUUUUAUAUUUUCCAAAUUUGAGCAGUGGACCAAAUUAAGUUCUUUGCCAGACCGAUUCUGGCCCCCAGGCCUCGUGUUUGACACCUCUGACGUAGAGAUUAAAGAACCAUCAGUGAUGACAUGGUUUCAUACAAUACAGAGAAACUUAAACUACUCUGCUGUGUUUGUAACAAUGCUUACUACAGCUACAGCGUUUGGUAAAGACAUGACAUCUCUUUGUUAAUACUGAAGCUAAAGGAGUUUCUGGUAGUAGGGCCGAGGAUCUUUAAUGGGUCUUAAAACUUGACUAAUUGUGACUGAUGUUCCCAAACAUGCAGUGAGGCACCUUUCAGGCUUCUUACAAAGAGUACCAGGGUCAGGAAAGUACCUUUGAAAUAUUAUUACUAGAUGUCUGCAGGCUCUAACUCCACUAAACGUUUAAUUUGGUAUAAAUCAUGUUUAACUGAUUGAGUUAUCUGGGGUCAGCUAGGAAAUGUUCAGCACAGUAGGCAGUGUGAUCUGGCCUUUCCUCAACAUGAAAGAAAGUAGGAAACCCUGGACUGCAGUAUUUAUCUCAAUAUUCAUCCUUUUGUUUGUCUCCCAGGCCUAGUGUGGACAUCUUGGAAGGAGUCCAGCAAGCGUUUUUGUGGUCUGAGUAAAUGAACUUUAAUAGUGCUGUUUUCUUAUGCAAGCCUGAGGUCUGGGCUUCGCACUCAUGCGGAUGUCUCUGAGGGCCUCCCGGAGCCCCAGGGAGCGCAUCCUGUUUGUGCCCCGCACGUCUGGCUGUGUCUGCCCUACCACACAAGACACAGAAGUGGGGAAUCGCAAGCUGCACAUUUCUAGUUUCCUGCCUCCAGAUUUGGCACUGCAGAAAAUUAGGGUGCCAUAUUUAAAGAUUUACAAAAGCAUUCGAUUGGCACCAAUUAGCUCCAUGAUAUGAAAUGAAAUUUAAUUUCAAGAAACCAAAUGUAAUGCUCCACAAAAUAGGCCCUGUGUUUGUAAUGGGCGAUUAAAAUCCUUCCAGGCUGUUGUGCUCGCAUCUAAAACGGUGAACAGGUUGCACAGCCCACUGCUCUCGGUCCUGCUCUGAAACCUUCCCGCGGCUUCUUUGGCGGUCCCCGAACCAAACCUUGGACUCUUAGUCCCCCACCUUUUUAGGCGCACACCGGCCGAUUGAUUUAGUGGUGUGUCCUGAUGGUUUACCUGGUGGUUAAGAUGAAAAAAAAAUAAAUGUUUUUUUUAUGAGAUAUUCAAAGUAGUUUCACUUCGCGUUGGGAGUGUUGUUACAUCCCGCAGCAGUUGCUGUAAACUCUGAA